AAGAUAGGAAGAUAUUAUGGCUGCAAAGGUCCGCCGCCUAAGGAGUUAAAUUUGGAUAACAAUGCAAAUAUAUAUGAAGCAUGGCAUAGGUGGAAAAGAGAAUUUGAAUUCUUCUUGGUCACUACAGAGACUGAUAAGAAAGCAGACAACAUAAAAACUUCAACAUUAUUGACGUGCAUUGGCCACAGAAGUAGGGAAGUAUACUAUAAUUUUAUAUUCGACAGUAAUGAAGAUAGCAUGAAAUAUAAAACAGAAAAAUAUUUGAUGCCCACUUUUGUCUUAAAUCGAACAUCACGUUCCAGAGGUUUAAAUUCUUUAAUGUAAAGCAACAAGAAAAUCAACCAAUCGAUGACUUUAUAAAUGAUCUUAAAACUAAAGCGCAAGAAUGCGAAUUUAAGGAAUUAACUGAAAGCUUGAUUCGAGACAGAAUAGUGUGUGGUGUAAGCAACUUGAAACUCCAAGAAAGACUGUUAAGAGAGUCGGACUUGACAUUAGAUAGAGCAGUUCUUUUAUGUAAAGCUGAUGAAGACACUAGAAAACAAACAGAUGAAAUUCAGAAACAUACAGUAGACUCUGAUAAUAAAAUAGGAGCUGUUAAAGUUAAUGGUAAAUACAACAGAAAGCAAAACAAUCAAACACGAAACAAUACAAAAUACGAACAAAGGCCAAAAUCCAAAUAUUUCAAAGAAACUAAAGGGUCAAAAUUUUCAAAAUUCAAGCCUUGUAGAUAUUGUAGUAAACUACAUGAUAGAGGACAAUGUCCAGCUUAUGGUAAAGUCUGUACAUCUUGUGGUAAAUCAAAUCAUUUUGCUGCUGUAUGCUUGACAUCAAAACGAGUGAAGCAGUGCAUGUUGAAAAUGAAA